CCAACAGUGGAAACUACGUCAGCUGUAUAACCAGUUGAGGAGUUUCCAUUUUCCAUCCGUCCACCUGCUGGGAGCCAGAAACAGAAACAGCCUGGUCCAUUUAUAGCUCUACCGUCGGUCUAAAAACAAACUGUUACUACUUGGUUUCUGGUCUCAGCUGGAGGCCGACGGGGGGGCCGGGGGUCUGCAAAUCAAACGCUCCCUUUGUUUUGAUGACAAGGUGUUGUCAACGGUAACCGUGAACGCAUUAGUGUAGAGUGAUGGUAAAAGACGACAGGGAAAAGAAGUGUCUGGUGUCACGUCAGAAGAGGGGAGGAAAAAAUGAAUAUGAGAUGAGAUGAGAAAUGAAUGAUAAAAUAGGAUAUUGCAUAAUAAAGAUAAAUAACAGGAGAAAUGAUCCUGUAUAAUUGAUAAAAUAGUAUGAGAUGAGAUGAGAUAAAUUGAAAUGAAUGUCUUAAUGACUUAAAAGGCUUUAUUUUCAUACUGAAUAAGAUUUUAACCUGUUUAUCUCCUCAGUCAAAUAAAACAAGAUAGAAAUCCGACGUUAAAUGACAUGAAACACAGCCGAAGCGCCAGGAAGCCGGCUUCUGAAACACAUUUGUCUUUUCUCAACCUUUUCAUAUGCCCACGACAUUUCACCGAAAGGAUGAGAAGACGGGGAAAAAAACAGGCUUUUGUUUGAGAGUUCAAAACAAAACUUGAAGGAGACUCGUGACUUCUGUUUCCAGGCAUCAGAGACACUUGAACGCUGAGCAGCGAGGUUUCCCCGCUGAGGCCAGGAGAGAGGAACGAUGCCAACUUAAAUGUCAACUUUGAAGAAGACGUCCAAAAACACGACGCGCAGCGAGGAGGAGAAAGCGAAAGAGAGAGAGAGACACUCGAGGAGCUCACAUCUUGAACCGGAGGAUAAUCUGAGAUUGCACGGACUCUCACCUUUUAUGUUUCGUGUUUAAUGAUAAAAACACAUUACGGGCAGAAACUUAAAUGGCACGGAGUGAGUUUGGUGCGUGAUUUCACGGGGAGGCGGCUCAGGAAUCAGUGGUCAGCAUGAGGCUGAGGAGUCCCGCCAGGAUCUGACGGGGAAGAAUUCGGCGUCCCGACGGUGUAGAGGGACCCCCGACUCCCCCAGUCCUCUGUGGCCCCUGAAGGGACCAGCUGUUUGACUUCACAUGGACUGACGCAUCACUGCCGUGGGUUUUUUUUUUUGGCGCCUCUGAUUGGAUGUCAUCUCAGUUCAUCCUUUUUUUAUUCUUCCCCUCAUCUCCUGAACUUCAAAUAUCAGUCAGCGAUUUAUUUUUCAUCAGAAAUGAGGAGAAUGUUUUCAUUCAGGGAGUUUUGUUAGAAAGGUCUGGGUGGAUUUAAAUGGAUGCUCACUGCAAACACGACAGGAGUUCAUCUGCAGUCCUGAGGAAUACAGCUUGUUCUGCAAACAGUAACUGAAAAGACUGAAGUUUCCAGAUUUUUGAACAUUCAGACAAGCACAAAUGUUUAUAGUCAGCAUUUCAGUGAAGAAGAAGGAUUUAAUGAGAAAAGUGACACUGCCACAGAACACAAAACCCUUCAGUCAAACCUCGCAAAGAAUCUUUUCUUAAUUGAAAAACAGACACGUUUUAACUGAAGAUGCCACAACUGCAUAAUGUGACUGUUUGAACUUUUUCUGAAUCUGUCUGGAUUCGAUGUUUCUUAAUUACAGUUAAAAGAAUCCUUUUUGAACAUUUUUAUGUUCGAAUCAAAGAGCUGCCUUCUGAUAUAAAAUCAGACUUGAAGGACGGUUUAUUUCUUUAGGUUUUUGUCAGGUUUUUUCAUUUCUGUGUGAACAACCUAUGAGCUUAAACUGACAGAAGCUUUUUAGUUCCAGUUUAUCGGGAAUAUUUUUGUCCCCAGAUGCGUCACAGUUUUCAAGACGAAUCAUAACUUUUCACGGCUUUCACAACAGAAACCUUUGUGCCAUGGUGAUGUCCCAGGGCACCUACACCUUCCUGGCCUGUUUUGCCGGCUUCUGGUUGGUCUGGGCCGUCAUCGUGAUGCUCUGCUGUUUCUGCAGCUUCCUGCAGCGCCGGCUGAAACGCCGCCGCGAGGAGAGGCUCAGGGAGCAAUGCUUAAGGGCCGUGGAGAUGGAGCCGCUCAGCUGCCACCCGGCCGGAUACCCGCCGCCUCCUCCACAACCUCCUCCACCUUCACAGCUUCCCAGGGAGCCGCUACAGUUCUGCCCAGCUCAGCCUCUGUCGCCGCCCGUUCCUCUGCCGGUUCCUCAUCCCCUGCCUCAGGCUACCUGGGUCAGCAUGCCAGACACUAAUAUAUUUGGGAAGCCGCCAUGUUACGAGGAGGCUGUCCUGAUGGAGGAUCCUCCUCCGCCCUACAGCGAGGUUUUGGCUGACCCACGAGGGGGUACCUACCAGAAGCCCGGCCCGCCCCGAGCAGCACCACAGCCACCCUUAAGAGAAAGCUAUGAUCCUCCACCUCCUUCAUCGUUCACAUUCGAGACUAGCAAGAUGCCUGCUGCGACAGUCUUCCCUGAUCGAGGGUACUCCUCCCUGAUUCGCCUGCCCUCGUCUCAGCGCUGGGACUCGUUGGGUCACCUCCUGUCCAACAUGGAUCUGAACCACAACAACAUCACCCCACCGGGGGGACGCUCACUCCAGGCUGCCUCCGUCAUGGCUACCAUGCCCCGCCGAGAACCCAGAACUCAUGACAGACUGGGACUCCGAGGUGGAAUACAAGGACUUCAUGGCGGGAUACAGGGUUUCCAAGGAGGGGUGCAAGGGCUUCAGGGGGUUCAUGGACUAGUGGGGUUGGAGUCCAGCUGUGGCAUGCCAACAGCCUUCCCCUUGCUUGGUCGCAGCACUGCAGUCUAGAUCUUGAUCCUAAAAAGGUCUGUUGGGUCAGUUGUAGAGUUUUAAUCAGGCGACAGAUUUCCUGUCUCUGUCGGCCUUCUCCAUGUUUACCACAGUAACGCUGCUACAAGUAGAUAUUUAAUUCCCUCGAAGGCUGAACGAGGGUUGACAGGCAUUUCAUUCCCUGAGCAGAUCUGUGGGCGACGGGUGCCACUUACCCUGCCGGGAUUGUGCCGUUCAGCUCUAUGUGUGGGUGAAGGAGAAAAUUACACACUGCUUCAGACUAGUAUUGUUGAAUCACAGAGGUGUGCUGGUGUCAUGUCGAAGCUAAUUUGAGUCAAAUCUCUUUUGAGGAGCGAGGACGGGGACGUAACGAGGUAGAGGACGAGCAACAAACGAGCAGCUGUCUCUCCAACCUUUCAUCCAGACUCCCUUUGUUUUCAUUGCCCUCUCAUUCAUCCCUCAUCUCCUCUCCUGAGCAGCACGUUAUACCAGCCUGCUGUUGCCAUGGCUUCCAGGAACUGUCUGUUGCCCACGACGACCUCUCCUCUUUUAUCUCGCUUUGAGUUUUUGAACAUCGUGCUCACGGCUUGUCCUCCUCUCAAGGACCAAGCGCUUAAGGGGGAACACGUGUGACCUUCGUCAGGGACUCGGCCGCCAUGUUUGUGAUGUUUUGGGCCGGCUUUCACAAUAAGAGUCGAGUGAACUCAGAUUUCACUCUGUAACGUGUUACGUGUUCCAUUGUGUCCUCUUUAGUAGAAAAUGUUGGACUAUAUUUUUCAUGUUUAAACUUCUUUCAGAUUCUUCAAAAAAUUGUGACUAAUGCCAUGUUAAAUAAAAAAAAAUGUCUUCAUCAG